AACAACGCUUCAGCGAACACUGAGGAUAUUCCGGAUAACUUUUACUAACCUGUGGAGGUUUAAAUUGAGAUGUAGGCCGCGUUUGUGUGGCAGGUUUCGGGGCGGUGGGUGUCGGUUGCCGCAUUGUUUCCUCUUCGGUCGUGUUGAAAGUUAGCCCGGGGGCAAGGCACAAGCUCCGCUCGACUUCAUAACACGAUGAGGCCAAGAGAAAGAGGAAUGUAGAGUUGCGAUAAAAAGAUCCCAGGUUCCUGCCAUGUCCGGUCCCACCUGGCUGCCGCCGAGGACUCUGGACAGCCCAGAGCGAUCCGUCCCCCAGAUGUCCCACUCUGCAGGACCACCCAUCUACCAAACCGUCAACAAGAAGGGCGUGGCCGACUUCAGGCCCAAAUACGCUCCCUAUGACCAGAACGGAGGAGCGGGGAUGACCAGCAGGUACAUGGCGACUGGACCCACAGGUGGGCCCGUUCACCACUCCACUGAUCACUACUACUCCCCCCCUCUCGGCCCCAAAGACGACCGAGGCUGGAGCGCUCACAUGGACGGCUACGACAUGAUGCACCGUGGCUCUGAAAAACCCGCCAACUACCACUCCAAGAUCGACGCCGACAUCGACUCCCUCACCAGUAUGCUGGCCGAUCUGGACAGCCACCCGCAGGACGCCGCCAACCAGCUCUACGACAACGUGCCUUACAACAAAUACAUCUCAGGGGAUACCUACAAGUCUGCGCACCAGAGCGCAGCCCCCGCUCCAGGUCGGCCGUUUGCGGGCUACAGCUCUCACCCCCAGAGCGCGUACCACCCGGGCCCUCCGUAUCCCGGCGAGCACGCGGCCCCCCAGUACUCCCACCAGCAGGACUUCUACUCCACCUCCACCCCGAAGCCGUACCCGCAGCCCGUCCCGGCCUCCUACACCACCGCCUCCACCCCCACGGGGCCCAGGUUCAGCGUGCAGGUCAAGACGGCGCAGCCCGUCACCUACUCGCAGACGGGGCGGCAGGCGGAGCAGGCUUACACCCCGCCGCCUCCCCGGCAGCACGCGUCGCCGCGGCCCCCGACCCAGACGGGUCAGCAGGGCUGGUACCCGCCGCACCCGGCCUCGCAGGUCCAGGAGCUGCACUCUGAGGGGGGCUACAAGGGCAGCAGCAACCCGGGGUCCGGCGGAAGAGGCAACCAGGUUCCCCUGUCGAAGAGAGGGAUAGAGAAGACCCAGACGGCGCAGACGCCUUCCUAUCAGUCCAGCAAGCAGGGGGCAGCACCAUCGAGGCCUGAGGAGGAGCUGGACCGGAUCACCAAGAAGCUGGUUUACGAUAUGAACCACCCGCCUGCAGAGGACUAUUUCGGUCGCUGCGCUCGCUGCGGGGACAACGUGGUGGGUGACGGCAGCGGCUGCAUCGCCAUGGAGCAGGUGUUCCACGUGGAGUGCUUCACGUGCAUCACCUGCCACGCCCGGCUGCGGGGCCAGCCGUUCUACGCCCUGGACAAGAAGAGCUACUGCGAGAAAUGUUACAUCAGCACGUUGGAGCGCUGCUCUAAAUGCUCAAAGCCCAUCCUGGACCGGAUCCUGCGGGCCAUGGGGAAGGCUUACCACCCUCGCUGCUUCACCUGCGUGGUCUGCAGCUGCUGCCUGGACGGCGUGCCGUUCACCGUCGACGCCACGUCUCAGAUACACUGCAUAGACGACUUCCACAGGAAGUACGCCCCUCGCUGCUCUGUUUGCGGCGAGCCCAUCAUGCCCGAACCGGGCCAGGAGGAGACGGUCAGGAUCGUAGCUCUGGACCGCAGCUUCCACGUUCACUGCUAUGUUUGUGAGGAAUGCGGCCUCCUGCUGUCGUCCGAAGGUGAAGGCCGAGGCUGCUACCCGCUGGAUGGACACAUCCUGUGUAAGAGCUGCAGCGCCCGACGCAUCCAGGACCUGUCGGCCAAAAUCUCCACCGACUGCUAACGGAGCUCCUAACGUUUUCAGCCUCCUCUUUGACGCACCCAGACCCAGUCGGCGCGUUGAGAGCGGCACAAACGCGUCGCCGUGGCGUUCAGACAUCGUUAUUGUCCCCCCUCCCCUCCUCACCCGUCUCCUUUGUUGUUACCGACAGUCGGUAUUGCAGUGAAAUCACACCGUUUUUGUCGCUCUUGGUGCACCGUUGAUCAUGUUUAGCUCAGAUUAGUACGACGGUGGCCUGACCUGCAGGCAGCUUGGGCUCCACUCUCCUUGUUUUGUUUUGUUUGUUUUUUUCCAUUUCGGUACAAAUUCUAACUCAGUUUUAGCAUAUUAUCACCUCAUGGGACUCGCACACAUUAUGAUAAUCAGAAAAAAACCCUACAUUUUUGUAAAACAAAAAAAACCACAAUCGAAGUACUGAAAUGCCUCACAGUUUAAAAGCACAGAGUACAACGUAAUACUGUGACUGUACAUAUCGCACUGGUUUGGUUUGUAGCCUUUAGAGCAGUGAAUUUUUUUUUGCUGUGAAGUAAUUAACCUCAUAGUGCGAGAAAUGUAGACGAGACGAAUGUGCAGUUUAAAAGCAACCAGUUUUCACUCCUUAAGCUUCUGUAGAACCCUGAAACGCUCCGGGUCGGAUUGUUUGCCCUCGCAGGAUGGCAUCAUUUAGCUCCUAAAGUGAUCUUGAAUGUUUUAAGGAAAGACACUAAGGUUUUUUUUUUGUGUGUGUGUGUGUGUGUGUGUGUGCGUGUGUUUGACGUUGUUUUUGUUGAUGCUUUUUGCCUGUUACGUUAGAAAUGGAGGUGCAAUGGCAAAUGCUUCUGUCUUCCAAAGGAAGCAGGGCGAAGGUCACGUCUCUAAAGCCUCACGAGUUGAACGAUGUGCCAUUAAGAGCAAAAACCCGCUCGUCUAAAACUAUUUCUACAGAAAUGUUAAAAUUAUACCCAAUUUAUAGGGGUUGAAGUGUGUUUUUUUUUUUUUUUUCUUUUUUAGGAUUGAUAUAAAAGUUAAUCAAGAACUUAUUUCUCCCUCAAAAAAGACUUUAUUCCAGGACUAAA